AUGACGCGAUUGAUCAACCACGCCCGCGAGGACGGUUACCCGUGCAUCGUUGGCACGGCCUCCAGCGACGGCGUUCCAAACUGCGGAUACAUCGGCACGGUGCUGACAGUCGGCGACGACUCCCUCAUGUAUCGCGACCGCACCGGUCGGGUCCCCCUCGACCACAUCGAGGAAAACCCCAGGGUCAUCGUCCUUUUCCGCAAUACCGAAAGGGAUGCCGGAUGGAAAUUCCGUUGCACCGCUACGGUCCAUCGCGAAGGCGAGGUGUUCGAGGAGAUGAUCGACCACCUCGUUCAGUCCGGGUUGGUAACGGAUCGCUAUCUGCAGGACGGCCAGGGGGCCAUCGUAGUGCUGCGGAUCGACCAGGUGCUCAGUCUUUACGGAGAGGUUUUGCAAGAGCGCGUACCCGGCCAACGCUGGUAA